CUCGUGACAUGGGUGGCUGGCCGGCCUCCGUAGAGACAGGGCUGGCUACCUCAACAUUUCCCAAGUUGGGCCGAACUUUCCUGACUGGGCGAGCAGCUUGCAGCCUGCUGUCCGCCGUUCGCGCUCAGGUCUUACACAUUACUUAGGAAUUGUCGAUCGGCCCGCACGGUGUCGUGGGAGGCGGGAGGCACCCUGCCCCCCUGCCCACCCUGCCCCUCAGGCCCCUCGAUGAGCUUGAUGAGACAGUCCCAUGCGCGAGAGUCUUGACAAGCGGACAGGCUGAUGGCCCGGAUGGCUUGCGCGGGCUUGAACUGUACUAUCCACAGCUAUCGUGUAGCCCAGCCUGGCCCCACCACACCAUCUCUGUCCGGUUCGCAUCCCUUGCAAAGGAGCGUGCACACUGCACACAUGCAGUUCCCGAGGCUGCAGGGAUCCCUGCUCGUCAGGUUUGCGGCAUGUCUCGCUCACCCGGCUGGAAUCCAGGCACCAGAGCAACCAGAGGUACCGGGGCUGUGAUGCGAAGACUCCCGAGUGUACAGCGGCAGUAUGCCCACAUGCGCACAUUUCGGUUGCGCAACCCUCUUGCAAUCUCGACCCGCCCAGAGGCACGUUGGUUCUGAAGCACGAGCUCUCCGCAUCGCAUGUCUGCCGAAGGUGAGGUCCGAGAGAAACACCAUAGCAUCGCGGCACACAGCUCCGCCGACAUGGCUUGGCAUCGCAAUUCGACUACCGGCCCUGGCCUUCCCGAGCUUCAAGUCUCCAAGCCCGCCGGAAUCUGGUCGAGACCUUCCAGCACCUUGCCGAAUGCAGAAACAGCCGAAGUACCGUGUUGGGCCGGAACUGACCAUAUCCUUGUCGCAAGAGCUUGCUACCAACGCGCACAGUCGCAGCGGAGCGAUGAGGUCAACGAGGCCGAUGGUACCUCCCCCUGCUUUGCGACAGAAUAAUGUGGGCACUCUUUCCUCUUUACGCCCCCAUGCGACUUUGUCGCAUGCCUAGUAUCCCACCCGCGGCCUCACCCCUCCUACGUCUUCGUUUCUGCUCGUCACCCACUCUUGCUUGUGAUAAUGUGCCGCGUCGCCAGCUCCUGAACUGCUCAACCUGCAACACCAAGCUCGUAUUCCCCCCUCGCGGCUUCCUAGACAGUUGUUCCGGCCUGGCUCUCCGCCUACCAUGCCGUUGCUACCCAGCUUCAUCACGCGACCAUCCAGCCAGUGGGUCGAGUCAGCCCGCGGCACAAUCGGAGGCAUCACUUGGGGCCCGAGUCUAGCUGCUGCGAAGUGGGCAGUUCACUCUGUAUUCAGUAACAUCCAGGUCGGAACCCUGGUGCUCGUGGACGAGGUCGAUGGCACCAAUCAUGUCUUUGGCGAGAAGCUGGGCUCCUCGAAGCUGCCCGGAAGGGCCGUGGUAAACGGCAUGGUCAGCGUCCCUAGGGUGGAGCUCGUUGUCAAGAAGAAUGCCUUCUGGAUGCGGCUCAUCCUGUUCGCCGACAUGGGCUUCUCAGAAGCAUACAUGUUGGGAGAGGUGGACUGCACUGACUUGACGGCCUUUUUCCAGCUCUUCCUGGCGAACCGAGAGCAGUUGGGCAACGGAACGACCUUACUGUCAACCUUCUCAAGCUACGCUUCCGCGCUGGCCAGAAGGACAAACACCAUGUCAAAUUCCCUGCUCAACAUCUCAGCCCAUUACGACAUUAGCAACGAGAUGUUCGCUGCCUUCCUGUCGCCUGAUAUGACGUAUUCUUGUCCGAUUUGGGACAAAUUCGGCUCGCCCGACGAGACACUGGAAGAGGCGCAGAUCAGGAAACUUCAAGUCUUUGUUGACGAGGCGCAUAUCAAGUCGACGGACCAUGUGUUGGAAAUCGGCACCGGCUGGGGCUCCUUCGCGAUUCAGGCCGUGCAACAGACAAAUUGCCGGGUGACCAGUCUCACGCUCUCACAAGAACAAAAGGCGCUGGCAGAGGACAGAAUCGCGAAGGCUGGCUUGUCGGACCGAAUAGAGGUGCUGCUGAUGGACUAUAGAGCGUUGCCUGCACCCCAGCGACCUUACGACAAGAUUGUCUCGAUCGAGAUGCUGGAGGCUGUUGGGCAGGAGUUCUUGGGAACCUACUUUGCUUGCAUCCACCGCCUUUUGAAGAAGGACGGUGGAAUUGCAGUCUUCCAAUGCAUCACCAUGCCCGAGGGACGACAUGAGGCGUACUCGAAGAGCGAGGACUUUAUCAAUCAUUACAUCUUUCCCGGCGGCUACCUCCCCUCGAUCACGCAGCUAAUAAACCACAUCAGCAAAGAAUCCCAGGGAACGCUUGUUGUGGAGAAGGUGGAUAACAUUGGGGCUCACUACGCCAAGACCUUGAGGCUGUGGAGAGAAAGUUUUAUGAACAACUUCGAGUCCAAGAUUAAACCUGCUCUUCUAGAAAAACAUGGAGAUAUGACGGAUGAAGGCGUUGCGGUGUUCAGGAGGAAAUGGGAGGUGGGUCUCACCUUAACACCAACUUGACCUGAUGCCACUAACAGAGACCAGUACUACUUCAGGUAUUGUGAAGCCGGGUUUCUCGCCAAGACUUUGGGAGAUGUCAUCAUAUCUGUUGGACGAGACGGCGCAAUGGAACUUAUGGAGGGCAUUCCCAAAUGAAGAGCCCUUCGUUGUUGCCAGUGUCUGGAAUUCCGGCCGGAUCCGAGAUGCCUGUUUCCGCAUCCUUCUUCGAUUCAACCCUUCUGCAAGAAGCAUUACGCUGUAUCGAUUUUUGUACCGCGUAUUAGACUAGACACAGUCGAUAUUCUAAUGGAUAUAAUUUUGCGCUGAGCUGAUCAGUUACGUCGCUUCUUUUUCGUCUUUUUGGGUUUCGCCUUGGGCUUGGGUUCAAUUGGCUUUGGAACAACGUCGGGAUACCGGCUAGCAUGCUCUACAUCGAACGCCGGCUUAUAUCGUCUGAACAAGAGCAUGGCGACCCGAGCGUCUUCGAUACUGGAGUGCUGGCCGGUCUGGAUCUCAACCCCCAAAAUCUCCCUGGCCAGGACUCGCAGUGCUGGCUUUGGACCGUGGCCAUACUUCUUGAAUCCGGAGAACUUGGCCGUGUCGCGGAUGUCCUUUCGCGGAUGAUCAAGCAUCAAGACGUCCAGGUCGUGCUUGAGAUCGUGGCCCACGAGGAUCCUCUUGUGCAGGAGCUGUGACACUUGAGCCUGCACAUAUGCGAACUCCCUUGCUACAGCCAUGUGCUUUGGAGCUAUGCCGCUGAUUCUUGUCCUCCAGUCGACGACUCGCUCUUGAGGUCGAACAUAUGAGUCGUAGACCUGACGUCCGUGGAAAUCGACAAUACUGACCCUGGCCAGUGCGUGUCCGUAGCCUCCCUCUCCAACCCCAACCAUCUCACAGUCGAUGGCAAUGUACUUGCCAACCUCGCAAUUGGGUGCCAGGCCCUCGUUUGGACGCACAGCAGAGGCGGUGAGCAGUGAAUUGUCCCUGACGCCGAGACCGUAUGCUUCUGAAACGGCUUCUGGCGAAAUGUCGUGGUCUUCGGCCCAAAGUGCGAGAGAAGCUGAUCGACCAGGCUGGGACUGCGAGGCCCCCAUAUUUGACUUUUGACUCGCUUUCGAGGCGCUAUUUUUGAGACGCUGUGGCUUCGGCUUUGACAGAGCUGGUUUUGGGCUGCCCUUGAGCCUCUUCAAAGGCUGCUGUGCGGCUUGGGAUACGGCGCUCUCUUCGGCCUUCCUCUUCUGGCCUUGAGGCUUGGUCGACUCUUGCUUGAUCUUGGCCUGCAAUUGUUUCCAAUUUGACGAGAGUUCAGGCGCCAUCUUCCAAGCUUGGACCCGGUUCACUGACGUCUUGGAAUGAAUUGUCGCUCAUUGAGCCGUUCCCGUGUUCAAAAAUGGCACUUAAGGGCGUAAAUGGCCCUGGUUCUCAGGGAAAAGACGAUGACCGACAACUAGAGAAAUGAGGUCUCACUGAAAAAGCAUCCUGCAGGUCAGAUUUGCC